UCGGAGGCCUUGGUUGGCCCGCGCGAGUGGGCGUGGAGAGUAACGGCGGGGCUGGGUGAGGGUGCACGGGGUCCUGGAUAUGAGCCGCAGGAGCUCAGCUCCGCCGACCUUGCCGCGCCGCGCCGGCAACCACGAUGGAGAAUAGGUGCUACGGCUGCGCUGUCAAGUUCACCCUCUUCAAGAAGGAGUACGGCUGUAAGAACUGUGGCCGGGCCUUCUGUUCCGGCUGUCUUAGCUUCAGUGCAGCGGUUCCCCGGGCUGGAAACACCCAACAGAAAGUCUGCAAGCAGUGCCAUGAGGUUCUGACCAGAGGAUCUGCUCCUGCCAAUGCCUCCAAGUGGUCACCACCUCAGAACUAUAAGAAGCGUGUGGCAGCCUUGGAAGCCAAGCAGAAGCCCAACACUCCCCAGAGCCAUGGACUGACCCAGCAAGACCAAGUCAUUGCUGAGCGCCUAGCACGGCUCCGCCAGGAGAACAAGCCCAAGUCAGUGCCCUCGCAGGCGGAGAUAGAAGCCAGGCUAGUUGCACUGAGGGAUGCACCCCAGGGUUCCAUCCCUUCCACCCAGGAGAUGGAGGCACGGCUUGCUUCACUGCAGGGCAGAGUUCCACCUUCUCAGACCCCCCAGCUGGCACAUCAGCCACCAGACACCAGGACCCAGGCCCAGCAGACACAGGAUCUGCUGACAGAGCUAGCAGCGGAGGUGGCUAUUGAUGAGAGCUGGGAACGAGGAGGCCCAGCCGCCUCUAUCCAGAAUGACCUCAACCAGGGGGACCCAGGGGCCCAGAGCACCAGCUGCAAGGGACAGGCCACCUGGUCCCUGGAGGAGGAGAAGAGGAGGCUGCUGGCUGAGGCAGCAGUCACGCUUCGGGAGGAGAACACAAGGCAGGAGCGGAUCCUGGCCCUCGCCAAGCGCCUGGCCGUGCUGCAGGGACGCGACCCCGAUAGAGUGACCCUACAGGACUACCGCCUUCCAGACAGUGAUGACGAAGAGGAUGAGGAGACAGCCAUCCAGAGAGUCCUUCAGCAGCUCACUGAAGAAGCUGCCCUGGAUGAGGCAAGUGGCUUUAACAUCCCUGCAGAGCCAGCUCUCCGACCCCAAGCCCAAUCCUGCAGGGCAGAGCCUGAGGUUCAGGCUGUGGCCGCCAGGCCUGAGGCUGAGGAAGAGGAGCUCCCCUGGUGCUGCAUCUGCAAUGAGGAUGCCACCCUGCGCUGUGCUAGCUGUGACGGAGACCUCUACUGUGUCCGCUGCUUCCGGGAAGGCCAUGAUGCCUUUGAACUUAAAGAGCACCAGACAUCUGCCUACCACCCCCAGCAUAAAAGCCGAGAGCACUGAGGGAACCCUGGUCCUCCCGGAAAGGCCAUCCUACAGGAGUCACACAAGCUGGGGUGCCCUCCAGGGCAUCUGAUGGGAGAACAUGUCAGGCUACACUGCUUAUGAAUGCGCCCUUUCCUGAGCCUCCGUCCCUGGAAGGAGGAAGGAUUCUCCAUUGGAGACGAUGACUGGAGGAGCCAGAGGGAAGGCAGAAGUCUGGAGCCUCCAGCAUUGAAGUCUGGACUAGGAGUGAGAGGCAUGAUGGGAAAGACCAGCCUGAAUCCAGGGAGGAGUCCUGAAACUUGCUCAAGGGUCCAGGGCCCUCUACUGGCACUUAGAGCAUUUAAUAAAGUAUGUUGAUUCAUUGGA